GUAGAAAAUCCGAAAACAAGCGACGGGCCCCAACACCAUUUUCACAGCUGCCCGCAAGAGGCGAGGCGACUGUGGAGUUCCGUUUCCGCCAUUGUUAUCCAAAUGAUCAUUGACUCGCUGCUACUGACCUUAGUCGGAUGCUCAGCUGUCUGCUUACUUUAAACGGCAACCCAACACUCUUACUCCGUCUGCAAGCUCUACAUUGACUCCUCAGCAUCUCGCCACUGCCGGAAAAAAUCUUCGUUCUGAACGAACCUAUAAAAAUGGCUCCAAAUCCAAGAGUUGUAAAAGCCUUUCGGGCAAUGAAGGAGAUCGGAAUCUCUGAAGACAAGGUGAAGCCAGUGCUAAAAAACCUUCUGAAGGUAUAUGAGAAAAACUGGGAGCUUAUUGAAGAAGAGAAUUAUAGAGCCCUAGCAGAUGCCAUUUUUGAAAAGGAAGAAGCACAGGCUGUGCAACCCAAGAAGCCUGAGAAUAUUGAAUUAGCGGGAGCUUUGGAUGAAGAAGCAACACUCGAGGAGCCGGAAAGACCGCUUAAGAGAUUGCGUUUAAAAUAUCAGGAAAGUCAGCCUGCACCUUCCCAUAACAACUCUAGUACCACCUUGACCACCACUGCAUUGAUAAAGCCCAAGCUUGAGGUUGAUGAUCUUCCCAAUGAUCAUCACAGUCAUAGUCGCUCCCAGGGUGGCACUAAGAGCUUGCCUCAGCCCAGUCAUGGUGGCAGGGCAGGUUCUUCUCAUCCCAUUCAAGCCAGAAACAAAGGAAAACAACCUAUGAUGACUGCCGGUCCUCUUGCUUUGAUCAAGCCCAAGGAUGAGCCUUUUACUGAUGAUAUGCCACACUAUGAGGCCCCUAUUGCUAUUAUUCCCGCUGAGCUGGAGACCAAUGGUGACGCCGAUUCAGCAAACAGAAACCAUUUACCCCUAGAUCAAAUUGCUCACCAAGAAACCUUAGCAAUAGAGUCCAAUGUGGGGAAAGAUGCAAUGACUGAUAUUGCAUCAAAUCAACAGUUGGAAAGGAUUGAUGACCAAGAAACCUUAGCCGUUGAUUCCAAUGUGGGGAAAGAUGCAAGGAAUGAUAUCGCAUCAAACCAGCACUUAGAAAAGAUUGAAGAAGACAGACUUUCAUCUAACCUGGAUAUUGCUUCCUCUCGGUACGGAGAAGUGAAAAUCUCCAUAAAUUGUGCUCCUGUUGUUGGAACCAAUUUUCAUUUGCCUAGUUUAGAAGCGGUGCUUAAAUUGAUGGAAGACAAGUGCCUGAGAGCUUAUAAAAUUCUGGACCCAAACUUUUCUGUUACAAAGUUGAUGGAAGAUUUUUGUGAGUGUGUCUUAGAUUUGGGGACCAGCAAGUUGUGCAAUGAAAACCAGGAAACAGCAAACGUAACAUCAGCAGCUAUCCAGUUGGAAGCAUCUCUAAUGGAAGAUGAAAAUCUCGAAUCUUCGGGUAUGCUUCCUGAUUCUACAAAUGAACUGUUGAACUUUGAAAAUGAUGCUUCAUUGGCACAACCACAAAUGACAAAUCCACCACUACCUAACAACGGUGUACAUAGCGGCACACUACAAGAUGAAUGCGUUUCUGAGAAAAAUAAAAUAUGUGCUGAGGUGGGGUCAUGUAAUUUGUCUUCUGAUGAUAAAAUAUCGGUUCUCCAAGGUGUUAUUGACAUUACUAAUGGGCAAGAGAAGAUGAUGAUUUCAAUAGUGAAUGAGGUUAAUAAUGAGUACCCCCCACUGUUUCAUUAUAUACCUCAGAAUGCAGUUUUUCAGAAAGCAUAUGUAAAUUUAUCUUUGGCUCUUAUUGAUGAUCAUCAUAGCUGUCCGACUUGUGCUGGUGAUUGUCUGUCCUUGGAUGCGUCUUGUGCUUGUGGUCAACUAACAAGCGGUGCUUUUGCAUACACCAAACAUGGUCUUAUCAAAGAAGAGCUCCUGCAAGCAUGUGUUUCAUUGAAUCAGGAUCCCAAUAAGCAAAAUCAGUUCUUUUGCAGGGAGUGCCCUGCCGAGAGAUCAAAAAAUGAUGACACUUUAGAACCUUGCAAAGGUCAUUUGGCGAGGACAUUCAUUAAAGAAUGCUGGUGGAAAUGUGGGUGUAGCAAGCAGUGUGGGAAUCGUGUGGUCCAACGUGGAAUAAGUCGAAAGUUACAGGUAUUUAUGACAUCUGAAGCUAAAGGGUGGGGCUUGCGUACCCUUGAGGACCUUCCUAGAGGUGCAUUUAUUUGUGAGUUUGUCGGAGAAAUUCUUACUAAUGCUGAAUUCUAUGGCCGUGUUUCAAGAAGCCCUAAUGGUGAGAAGCAUUUUCAUCCUGUUCUGCUUGAUGCUGGUUGGGGUUCUGGAGGCUUACUAAAAGACGAAGAAGCUCUUUGUCUGGAUGCCACACACUAUGGAAACAUUGCAAGGUUUAUCAAUCACAGAUGCUUUGAUUCAAAUUUGGUAGAGAUUCCCGUUGAGAUCGAGAGCCCUAAUCAUCAAUACUAUCAUCUGGCUUUCUUCACUACAAGGGAAGUUAAAGCCAUGGAAGAGCUUACUUGGGAUUAUGGGAUCGACUUUGAUGACCUCGACCAUCCUAUAAAAGCAUUUCAGUGUGAAUGUCAAAGUCAAUUUUGCAGAAAUAUAAAGCGAUCAAGCAGUAAGUAAUGAUUUGGUGAAAGAGGGUAGAACAAUGCAAAUUCGUCAUUCUUCCAAGUAGUAGUAUGUAACCUGCAGGCUUAUUAAUGUAUUCUUGUAGGGUCUAGAGGAAGGAGAUGAAACAAGACCAUAUUGGGGGAUAGCGGGAAGCCCUUGUGAAUCUUCUGUUCAUGCCAAAAGCCAAAAUUGUUACUCCCUAUUAUAUAACUUUUGGCAGCUUUUUUGUAGUUGUUCACUGUACAUUAAUUGCAGCAAAUAUUUAAGGUAGGGCCUAGGGACUAGGGAGGGGAUUAAACUGCUGAAGUGAAAAAUUUUCAGGGCAGCAGCUGUAUAACUAGUAUCUCCUGUUUCUGUGACUACCAUCUGUUGUUAUUAUACUUAGUGAUAUAUAUGGAGUAUAUGAUGGUAAUGGUAGUCAAAAGUUUCAACUUUUUAGAAAUUUCAAUAGAUACAAGCUGUAAGCCUUAGAGGUCUUUUCGCUAUGUUGGGCAGAUGAAG